AAGUAGAUCCACGCUUGUGACUCUGUGGAAUUUUUUCAUUUGUUUUGCGUAAGUGGCUGAGGCAAAUAUGAGAUGCAAAUUGAAAAGGACACGCCUGGAUGUGAACAGGAAGCGUGCACCUGCAAGACUGGGAGAGCAGUAUUACAGAGAUGCCAUGGAGCAGUGUCAUAGUUACAACGCUCGUCUCUGUGCUGAGCGCAGCAUCCUCAUGCCUUUCCUGGACUCUCAGACUGGUGUAGCUCAGUCCAACUGUUACAUCUGGAUGGAGAAGAGGCACCGGAGUGCAGGUGUAGCUCCAGGGCAGCUCUACACCUACCCAGCCCGCCGCUGGAGGAAGAAACGGCGUUCUCAUCCCCCUGAGGACCCUCGUUUGGCUUUCCCACCUAUCAAAACAGCAGAUUUGGAUAUUGGUCUGAAGCGUGAUGCAAUUGGGCCUGUUGAUGGCAGCAGUCUGGAGGCCUUGCUGAAAGGGGAGCCUCUCGACAGGAGGAGUGGCAUAGCAGACAACCGCGGCCCAGAGGAUGACACAGCCGCUGUGGAGCCUCCUGCUACGUCCGCCGCCACUCACACAUCAUCUGGGCGCAUCCGCAAGCGAGUCCUGGAUCAUGAUGACUACUUGGAUGAUUUGGACGAUGAAGACUUUGAGGAUGAGACUCCCAAGAGACGGGGCAAGAGCAAGUCCAAGGGUCGCAGUGACAAGAACGGCAAAAAGAAAACGGAGGCUGCAGCCGCAGCGCUGGAGGAGAGGGACAAACCUUAUGCCUGUGACAUCUGUGGAAAGCGCUACAAGAACCGUCCUGGCCUGAGCUACCACUAUACGCACUCUCACCUGGCGGAGGAGGAGGGCGAGGACCACGAGGAGAUCGAGGCACCACCCACUCCUCGCCAGCCUGAGGAACAGAAGACUACUAAGAAGGGUCCCAAUGGGCUGGCACUACCCAACGAUUACUGUGACUUCUGUCUGGGAGAUUCCACCUUAAACCAGAAGACUGGCCAAUCAGAGGGGCUGGUGUCAUGCUCAGACUGUGGACGCUCAGGCCACCCAACAUGUCUGCAGUUCACACCUGUGAUGAUGGCGGCGGUGAAGACCUAUCGCUGGCAGUGCAUUGAGUGCAAAUGCUGCAACGUCUGUGGCACCUCAGAGAACGACGACCAGCUGCUGUUCUGUGAUGACUGUGACAGGGGCUACCAUAUGUACUGUUUAACCCCACCCAUGACUGAACCCCCUGAGGGGAGCUGGAGCUGCCACCUGUGUCUGGCUCUGCUGAAGGACAAAGCUUCCAUAUACCAGCAGAACCAGAGCUCCACCCCCGAGUGAUGUCACAUCAGCAAGUGGGGACCCACCCCCAGUAGAAGACGUCAGACCUCGUCUCAGUUGGGAUGUCGGCGCUCUCUGUCCAGAUGCAGCUGACAGUCAGAUUACAGAUCAGUUUCAGAAGCCUUCAUAUCUACAGCGUUCAGAGGGGGGAGGGGCCUCAGAAACCAAAACAGACCUCAGAUCAGACAAGAUGGGGAUCAAACGUCACUUACCACUCUGCCUACAAAGUCCCUGCAGCUAGCCCUCAAAACACAUAUGUACAUAUCAGACUAGUACAACACAGUGUGCACACACACACACACACACACACAUACACA